UUUUUAAUGAGCCUCCACAAUAGCCUCAUUAUCGUUAAAGAUUAGAUAUCAGAUCUUCUUCCAUCAGUCAGUUUGGUGGAUCCUCCCUAGUACUAGUUACACAUUAACUAUCUUCGCUUUUGUCAUCGUGCACAAGGUGGUAUCGACUCAUUGAGCCGGCUGAUGAGCGAGCGAGCAAGUGGAUGGGUCGAGGAUCUUUCCCAGCAGCGUCUAUGUUGAUAUUUGCUCAUGUGUUGUAUGUGUUCAUGUAGUGUUGCAGCUACUUCUUCGGUAUAAGGAAUUUAUCAUUCAAGGACUUUACAAGCAAGUUUGCUUUUAUGUAUGCAGAGGUUCGGUCAUUGUAGUUUGUACACUCUGUACGAGAGGAACAGGAAGUGGUUUACCGAUGGUCGUCAUUAGCAGAACUGUGAUGUUUUUCAGAGAAUUUCCCUCGCAUUGACACAUGCUAAUGUGCAGUGUUGUGUUUUUGGUGUGAAUUCGUGGGGGAAAGCAACAGAUAAAGGAAGAUUGAUUCCCUUUCCUGGUGCUUAGUGUGAACACCGUGGCAGAAUGGCCGCUGCCAUCGAUGACGCCAUAAUGGACAAGGAGUACUCGGAACCAGAUAAAGACCGAAAUGAGGACCAAGAUGAGGAGCAUAAUGAAGACCAAAAUGGAGACCUUGAAAGCGAGGACCAAGACCUAAAUGGCAUUGACAGCGAAAUAGACCUGAUGAACGUUGGAAGCAACAAUUCCGGACAAAGCGACAGUUUGCAGUCGAGGAAUACUUUAAAAAAUGAUAACCUGGCUCAGUUUGGUAUCCCACAAUGCUCUUGGACGGUAAAUCUCAAUCAUAAAUACAAAGAAAAAUGGCGGCCGUUGAUGAGGGUCAGAGCACACCAGAUGAAGAGCUUUGUUCUUCCCUCGGUCAGAUAUGCCCAACUACACCUUAAAAUGCGGCGAGCAGGAAAAAGACCAUUCAUUGAUGUGUUACAUCCAAAGAAAUUUAAACCGGUAUAUGGUGUACCGGUCGGUGGUAUCGGGUGCGGUGCAAUAGAUCGGGGCUGGAAAGGAGACUUCUGUCGGUGGUCUCUCUCUCCAGGCCGGUACACGUAUGAUAAUGUGGAGUUAAAUCAGUUUACAGUGUGUGUUCGGAGAGGGGGUAAAACAGUCUACCAGCAAGUCUUAUCACCGAACAAGCCUACUAACAAGGACCUAGCCCAGGCCUGGGAGUGGCAGUUCCCUGGUAACAGAGCAUCCUAUCAUGGUCUAUACCCCAGGGCCUGGACCAGGUACCUGCUACCGGGACAGAACAUCACCCUCGUCUGUCGGCAGAUCUCCCCUGUCUUUCCACAUAACUAUCAGGAGACUUCACUGCCAGUGGGCGUCUUCGUAUGGGAUGUGUAUAACAACGGAACAGCAGCGGCCGAUGUCUCUAUUAUGUUCACAUGGAAGAAUGGGACAGGCACGUCUGCAGAUAAGAAAGGAGGAAGGUGGAACACAGGCUAUUCUUCAGCCUCAACCUCUGGUGUGUUAUUCCAUGAUGGUCAUCCUACGCAACCGUGUACUAUGUGUAUAGCAGCAGCUGAUGGGGAUGACGUGACGGUGACGACAUGUACAUCCUUUAAUCCUUCAUCUCAACUCAAAGAGCUCUGGAAUGACCUCAAAGCAGAUGGACAACUUAACACCACUAAAGGACCCAGUGACCGGACAGAGAAAGGUGAGACGUUAGGCGGUGCCGUAGUAUCAUCUUGCCAUGUAGAAGCCAAUGAACGGGGUCUACUAGAAUUUGCUCUCUCCUGGGAUAUGCCUAAGGUUCAGUUUGAAAACUCAUCUUACUUCAGGCGAUACACGAGAUGGUUUGGUCGGGACGGGAACUCAGCCAUUGCCUUGUGCAGUCAUGCCCUUGAGGAGUAUAAAGAUUGGGAGAAACAUAUUAAUGAAUGGCAGAAUCCUAUUCUUAAUAAUGAAUUACUUCCUGCUUGGUACAAGUCGGCUCUCUUCAAUGAACUCUACUUCAUGACGGACGGCGGAGGCAUAUGGGUUGAUGUAGAUGAAGAGUACCCCAAUGGCGAAAACAACACCCACACCAGGGCGCCUUCUCUUGUGAGAGAAUAUGGCAGAUUCGGGUAUUUAGAAGGUCAUGAAUACAGGAUGUAUAAUACCUAUGAUGUUCAUUUCUAUGCCUCUUUUGCACUCAUCAUGUUAUGGCCCAAACUGGAGCUCUCUGUGCAGUAUGACUUUGGUCACUAUGUAGACCAUAAAGAUGAGGAUAGAUUUCAAGAUCUCACAUCAGGACUGAGCUCUAUAAGAAAGAGCACUGGAUGCGUUCCUCAUGAUGUAGGCAAUCCAGAGGAGGAUCCUUGGUUGAAGCUGAAUUGCUACUGGUUCCACGACACGGCUGAAUGGAAGGAUCUGAACCUGAAGAUGGUCCUGAUGGUGUACAGGGACUACUUUAUCACCAAGGACACAGAGUUCCUGGACUUCAUGUGGCCUAAAUGCAAGACUGUAAUGGCUAAGGCUGAUAGCCAAGACAAAGAUCGGGACGGACUGAUUGAUCACAUGGGAACAGCCGAUCAGACGUAUGAUGCUUGGACGUCUAAGGGAGUCAGUGCAUACUGUGGAAGUCUGUAUCUGGCUGCAUUGAAGUGCAUGUGUGAGAUGGCCGUUCUUCAGAGAGACGACCAAGCCAAGAGACAAUAUUCUGAAAUACUUCAAAAAGGAAAGAAUACAUAUGAGAAGAAGCUCUGGAAUGGUCGAUACUUCAACUACGACAGCAGCGACCAGAGCUACCACGACAGCAUCAUGGCUGACCAGACCUGCGGGCACUGGUACCUCCGCGCUUGCGACCUGGUACCGGACCAGGACCAGGUCUUCCUGGUGGACCACAUCAGGUCCGCUCUGCAGACCAUCUUUGAUAUGAAUGUGAUGGGGAUCAAGGAGGGAACCUUUGGGGCGAUGAAUGGCAUGCGACCCAGCGGGAAGGUGGACCACACUAGUCUGCAAGGAGAGGAGGUCUGGGUCGGGACCACCUAUGCCCUGGCAGCCAACAUGAUACAGGAGGGUAUGUGGAAGGAAGGUUUCCAGACUGCCAAGGGAUGUUACACGACCUGUUAUGAAGAAGCUGGUCUAGCCUAUCAGGUACCCGAAGCCUACAUGUCUAAGAAGAUCUACCGGUCAUUGGGUUACAUGAGACCUCUAGCCAUAUGGGCCAUGCAGUGGGCUGUGGAGAAGCAACAGAAGAAGCAGCAGCAGGAAUGAUACUCUCCUUCUGAGUUGCCCCUAUUCUUUAAUAAAGCAACUUCAGGAAGCAGCAGCAAGUCUGAUCGUCUCCUUCUGAGUUCCCCUGACUCUUUAACAAAGCAACUUCAAGAAGAAGCAGGAGCAGCAAGACUAAUCGUCUUGACCUGAGUUCCCCUGACUCUUCAACAAAGCAACUUUAAGAAGCAGCGGCAGCAAGACUGAUCGUCUCCUACUGAGUUCCCCUGACUCUUUAACAAAGCAACUUCAAGAAGCAGGAGCAGCAAGACUGAUCGUCUCCUACUGAGUUCCCCUGACUCUUUAACAAAGCAACUUCAAGAAGAAGCAGCAGCAAGACAGAUCAUCUCCAACUGAGUUCCUCCGACUCUUUAACAAAGCAACUUCAAGAAGCAGGAGCAGCAAGACUGAUCGUCUCGUACUGAGUUCCUCCGACUCUUCAACAAAGCAACAUUCAAGAAGCAGCAACAAGAAUAAAAAUCUCCAGCCAGAUUCCCCAACUCUUUAGUGAAACAUCCUCAAGAUAGAAGCAUCAAUUGACUUGCAUCUAAACAGAGCGAUGCGUCUAGCCAGCUUUUCCGGAGUCAGAGGCCAAUUCUUUGUUGAUUACAGUAGGACUAAGUAAUUCAGCUGCAAAGUGGUCGUGAUGCCAGCCAGCUCUGACAUCUCUCGGCUCAAAAUGAUAAUGUCAACAAUGAUGACAAUAUAUGAGAAAUGGUAUUUUGGUAAAUGUGAUUUUUUUACAUGCCUGCUAUUAAAGGAAGCUUGAAUGUUUGUAAGCAAGCAACUACAUGUAGGCGACCUAUGGCUUAUAGUCCAAAGGACUUGUAAUGAGGAUGAAUGCCUUACCAAAGAGUAUACUGAUAGUGGUGUGUAUUUAUAGAGAACACACACACCUUCCAAAAACAUACAUGGUGCAAGAUCAGCAACAGUUCUCUUGUAGUGCAUAUGUAGCCCAUGCCUUAUUUCUUGGUGGCUU